GAUAAUAUAACAUUCAUCCAACAGGAUUCAAUUUCAUUCAAUGAAAAUGAGGAAUCAGUUACUUGAACAAGUUAUCGGAGUUCCAAUAAAAUCGACCGUAUAUCGAGUCGAGAGAACCCCGAGACGGUACUUACCUGAUCCCCAAGGGUCUGCAACAUUUAGAACAAGCAAAGGGAACUUUGUACUUAAAAGGAUGAACAAGCUAGGGAAGAAAGCUGAUAGUUUCGCUCAUGGUAUCCGAGAGCAUGUGAGAUUGGGGACAAAGAUUAGUGAAACAGUGAAGGGAAAAUUGAGUUUGGGGGCAAGAAUUCUUCAAGUGGGAGGAGUGGAGAAGAUUUUCAAACAAUUAUUUAGUGUCGGAGAAGGAGAGAAACUGGUUAAGGCCUGUCAAUGCUAUUUGUCGACAACAGCAGGUCCUAUUGCAGGCCUUCUUUUCAUCUCCACUGCAAAGGUGGCCUUUUGCAGCGAUAGAUCCAUUAAAAUAUCUUCCCCAAAUGGAGAAUUUAUCAGAGUACAUUACAAGGUUUUGAUUCCACUUGGGAAGAUAAAGGGGAUGAACGAGAGUGAAAACAUGAAGAAACCAAGGCAGAAGUACAUGGAAAUCGUGACAGUCGAUGGUUUCGAUUUCUGGUUCAUGGGUUUCUUGAAUUACAAGAAAGCUUUCAAGUAUCUUCAACAGGCAAUCUCCCAGAGACUAGGCGGCUUACAGUCAUGAAUAUUUGUCCUCUGU